AUGGACAAGAUCAGUGGGUUUUCUGAUGAUGAAUUGCUCGUGAAGAUCUUAUCGUUUCUUCCAUUUAAAUUUGCUAUAACAACGAGUGUUUUGUCGAAGCAAUGGAAGUUUCUUUGGAUGCGGGUGCCAAAACUUGAGUACGAUGAAGAUAGCAUGUAUUCUUUCGAAUAUUCCUUCCGAUAUUUUUUACCUAAGGCUAAGGAGGUUGACAGCGAAACCUAUUCUAUAGUGUCCGAAAGCGGCCAUAGGAUGCGGUCUUUUAUUGAGAAGAAUCUGCCAUUACAUAGCUCUCCGGUCAUAGAGAGCUUGCGUCUCAAGUUUUUCACUGAGGUAUUUCAACCUGAAGAUAUCAAAUUGUGGGUUGAAAUUGCAGUUUCUCGUUGUGCUCAAGAGCUAAGCGUUGACUUUUUUCCCAAGGAAAAACACAAUGCAUUACUGCCGAGAAACUUGUAUACAUGCAAAUCGCUUGUGACAUUGAAAUUAAGAAACAACAUUCUCGUGGAUGUUCCUCAUGUUUUUUCCCUCCCUUCCUUGAAAAUUUUGCACCUUGAACGUGUGACAUACGGAGAUGGAGAAUCUCUUCAACGGCUUUUAUCUAAUUGCUCGGUUUUGGAAGAUUUGGUUGUUGAACUAGAUACAGGUGACAAUGUGAGAAAGUUAGAUGUUAUCAUCCCUUCAUUGCUUAGUUUAUCCUUUGGGAUGUCUAGAUACUGCGCUUAUGAAGGGUAUAGGAUAGAUACUCCUUCUUUGAAGUAUUUCAAACUUACAGAUUUAAGUAAAACUUUCUCCGGCUUGAUUGAGAAUAUGCCGAAGCUGGAGGAGGCAAAUAUCACUGCUCGUCACAAUUUCAAGAAGCUUCUUGAACUGGUCACAUCUGUCAAGCGUCUUUCAUUGAACAUAGAAAACAACGAUGCAGAGGCCCUAACUGCUAUAUAUGGAGAUGAUAUUGUCUUUAAUGAGCUUGAGCAUCUGAAUUUUCAUAUUCAUAAUGCAUAUUGGUCUGAGUUACUAUACUGGUUGCUCAAAGCUUCUCCUAAACUACAAAACUUGGAGUUCGAUGAACAAUGUUCACGUGAUGGUACUAUGGGUACACUGGCGGUUUUCUGGAACCAACCGAAUAGUGUUCCUCAAUGUUUGUUGUCGACUCUUCAGACUUUCGAGUGGUCAGGUUACCCUGGCUCCGUACAAGGGAAAGAUUUGGCGACAUAUAUCUUGAGAAAGUCUCGCCAGUUAAAAAUUGCAACAAUUUCGAUUGGAUAUGGGUUGGAUCCACAACAAAAGCUUAAGAUGGAGAUGGAUGUCAAAUUUUCUUUCCGUGCUUCACCCACAUGCAAACGCGUAUUCUAUUGA